UAAUUGUAUGACAGCAAAAAAGUUAUGACACUAUUUAAAACAAAUUCUUCUACUCUUUCUCACCACACAGAAACAGAAAAGAAAAUGGCCUUGAAUGAAAUGCAUAACAAAAAAUCAGAACUAAUAUUCAUUCCUUCACCAGGAAUUGGCCACUUAGCUUCAUCACUUGAAUUUGCAAAGCUCCUAAUCAAUACUAACACCAAUCUUCACAUCACAGUACUAUGCAUCAAAUUUCCAGGCACACCCUUUUCAGAUUCAUACAUCAAAACAGUUUUAAACUCACAACCUCAAAUCAAACUCAUUGAUCUUCCUGAAGUUGAACAACCUCCACAUGAACUACUCAAAUCACAUGAAUUCUACAUUUUAACUUUCAUGGAAAGUCUCAUACCUCAUGUCAGAUCAACCCUCCAAACAAUUACUUCAAACCAAGUUGUUGGGUUAGUCCUAGAUUUUUUCUGUAUCUCAAUGAUUGAUAUAGGAAAUGAACUUGGCAUCCCUUCUUAUAUGUUUCUAACAUCAAAUGUUGGUUUUUUAAGUCUCAUGCUUUCGAUUAAAAAUCGAAAAAUUGAGGAUGUUUUCGAUUACGCUGACCCGGAUAAUCAACUGUUGAUUCCUGGUUUCUCAAAUUUAGUUCCUUUUAAUGUUUUGCCUGAUGCUGCUUUUAACAAAGAUGGUGGAUAUUUUGCUUAUUAUAAGCUUGCUGAGAGGUUCAAUGACACCAAAGGGAUUAUUGUUAAUACAUUUUCAGAUUUAGAACAGUAUGCUAUUGAUGCAUUAUAUGAUCAUGAUGAAAAGAUUCCUCCUAUAUAUGCUGUUGGUCCUUUGAUUGAUCUCAAAAGUCAAACUAACCCAAAUUUAGAUCAAGCUCAACAUGAUCUUAUAUUGAAAUUUUUGAAUGAGCAGCCAGAUAAAUCUGUUGUUUUUUUAUGUUUUGGGAGCAUGGGAAGCUUUGUUCUAUCUCAAACAAGAGAAAUAGCAUUAGGACUUAAGAAAAGUGGAGUUAGGUUCUUGUGGGCUAUGAGGUCUCCACCAACAAGUAACAAUGAAGGAAAAAGCUUACCAGAAGGGUUUUUAGAAUGGAUGAAUAUGGAAGGUAAGGGAAUGAUAUGUGGAUGGGCCCCACAAGUUGAGGUUUUGGCACAUAAGGCUAUUGGUGGGUUUGUUUCACAUUGUGGAUGGAAUUCUAUUUUGGAAAGUUUGUGGUUUGGUGUGCCAAUAUUGACUUGGCCUAUUUAUGCAGAACAACAGCUUAAUGCUUUUAGGAUGGUGAAGGAAUUUGGAUUAGGAGUUGAGUUGAGAAUGGAUUAUAGAAAUGGUAGUGAUGUUGUAUUGGCUGAGGAGAUUGAGAAAGGGUUGAAGCAUUUGAUGGAGAAAGAUAAUGUUGUGCAGAAGAAGUUGCAAGAGAUGGCUAGGAAUGCUGUUGUUGAUGGUGGAUCUUCUUUCAUAUCUGUUGGAAAACUUAUUCAAAAUAUGAUAGGAAGCAACUGAUAAAAAAAUAUGCAAAAAGAUGCUAAUUUUUAUAAUAUUCAAGUGUCAGAAAACCUGCUAAAUUUGAAAAACUAUGUUUUUUUAUUUUUAUUAGAUUUUUGUUUCUGCAGUUUCUGUUUUUUUGCAGUUUCUGUUUUUUUCUUUUUUUUCGAGACUGAGUUGUUUAUGUAUUUCUUUAUUUUUUGAAAGAAGACUCUAUUGUUAUAUAUGAGCAAUAAUAUUUGAACACA